AUGGGCUCCACUCAACCUGAAUUCAAGAAUGCGGCUACUUCCACUCUUUUGGAGUUGGUGAAGGCUCGCCGCACAUACUAUGACCUCAAGGGCGAGAGUCCCGUCUCUGACGAUGUCAUUGAGCGUAUUGUUCAGGAUUCCGUUCUGCACGUUCCUAGCUCCUUUAAUACUCAGACCUCUCGUGUUGUGCUCCUGCUGAAGGAGGAGCACAAGAAGGUGUGGGAUAUUGCUCUUGACGCCUUGGAGGGUCUGGUCACCGCUGGACACGUUCCUAAGGAACAGUUCGAGACUUCUACAAAGCCCAAGCUGGAGUCUUUCCGCGCUGCCUACGGAACCGUCCUUUUCUUUGUUGACUUUGAGUCGCUCGCUCCUAUUAAGGAGAAGUUCGCUACCUACGCCGACAAGUUCGACCCCUUUGCCCUGGAGUCGAAUGCUAUGUCUCAGUACCUUGUCUGGACUGCCCUUCAGUCCGAGGGCUUCGGCGCCAACCUUCAGCACUACAGCCCCCUCAUUGAUGAGCAGAUUGCCAAGACUUGGAACAUCCCCGCCUCCUGGAAGUUGGAUGCCCAGCUGGUCUUUGGUACUCCUAACUCUCAGCCUGGCGAGAAGGCCUUCGCUCCUCUUGAGGACCGCUUCAAGGUGUUUGGCAAAUAA